AUCCAAGAUGGCCGCGCUCAUUUGAAAAACCUGCGGUAGCCAAAAAAAAACACAGUUUGGCACCUGAACCGAGUUGUUAUUUUUAAUUUUUUUGUAUUAUUAUUAUUAUUAUGUGGACGACUGGUGUCGCCAAGCAAGACUCGAUCUAAAGGAGACACAAAGGACUCCGCGACAAGAGCCAGACUAUUCCGUACUAUCAGAAAUAAUGCUGAUAUCUGGAACUCAUGUCGGAAGUCGUGUAUGAAGAGACAGCCACGAUGAUCGCAGCAGGGGAAUUGCAGCCGUUUGUCCCGUUUGGCCGCGAGCACUGCAGGAACCAUCCGAACGCCUUCAACCUGCAGCUCAGAGAGCUCCAGCCCGCCUCUGAGCUCUGGUCGUCAGAUGGCGCCGCCGGCCUGGUGGGGUCGCUGCAGGAAGUCAGUCUGCAGGAGAGAGAGAGGGAAUGCUGGCAGCUCAGGAAAGGCUGUAAGGGGGUCCGUGAGGAGGAUGUGGAGUUUGAAGAGGAGCUGUACGCAGCAGGGACCGUGGUGGUCUGGAGUCAGGGCAGUUGGAGCCAAGCCUCCAACGUGUACAAGGCCUUCACCGUGGACAGCCCGGUGCAGCAGGCUUUAUGGUGUACCUUUGCUGUUCCUCACGACAAGAAAGACGAAGACGUGGAGCAGACGGUCUGCAUCGUCCAGAGCAGCUGCAUCAACGUCCACACGGUGACCGGCAAGGACUUCAUCUCUCCACUCCCGUUCCAGGUGAGAGACGGAGAGACGGAGACCUGUUCUCCCACUAGGAAGAGGAGGAGGAAG